AGCGGAUAUGGCGCUAGUUCGUUUUAGGGGGUUUGUGCUUGUGUUGCCCUGACAACAUCCCUUAUUGUAUUUCACUGGGUGGAGACGCACCACUUUUGACUUGGCAAGCCGGUCGGCAAAGCUUGACCAGAUCUAUCUAUCAUCGUCACUGUCCAAACAAAUCACUGCCUUCCCAUGCGCAUCAGAUGAUAGAUGCCUCACAUUUGAGCUUCAAUUCAGUAUACUUACAGCGCAACAGCUCAAUUGCCGCAAACCUAUCUCAUUAGAUUCCAGGACCUUGCCAUAGGUGCCUACUGAAUGAAUCUAUUUACGCCAUGGCAAGACUCAAUGAGCCCACCGUGUCAACAGACACUCUAGAAACAUUACGUCGAAAGUUCCUCCGUCAAAAUAGAGACAUCGCCCGCAUCAAUUCAACACAAUCCCUCAAAAUUCGAAAUCUCGAGAACGAGUGUGCGCGACUCCUCUCCGAGAACCUCCAACUCCGAAGUGAAACCUUGCGACUGAAAACAGAGCUCCAAGGUAGUCAUGCCCAUAGAGUAGCCGAGCAUGCGCUCCAAAUCAAGGAGAAGAUGGAAGCCCAGCUUGUGGAAUGGGGUGCUAUGCUCGCUGGACUUGGCCAUGAGCCCCUACCACGGAACAGGUCUCCAAGGGCGCUGAAAAAGCCCAGGAUUCAAAGAGAUAGCAUUGGCCGAUCUCGUGUAUCAGACUGGAGGAGACGAGAGACCAUGGGGUCAAUGGAAGAUUUGGAAGCAGCAGCACUUCAGGAAGGCCGACUACCACCACUUUGGGAAAAUAAAACGUACCCCCGCGAGACACUAAGUGGCGACGAGAUUCUGGCUUUAUGUUCUGAAGCGGAGGAAAGCACAGAUUCGCUCGAACUUGGCUCUCCGCCAGUAUCACGAUUUGUCGACGAAGACCCUGCCAAACUUGAUCUGUCCACGCUUUCGAAGCUACUGAAGCCUGCUAUGAGCGAAUCGGAUACUAGUAGCCCGGAAGAUACAAGUCAUAAGCCAGCAUCCUUUCCUGUUCCACUGCCAGUAUCUACAACAGCCCAGAAUACCCUUGAAGAGAAGGACAAGAUUGAAAUUGCCACGACAACUACAAGCAGUAGUACUACUCCAGGACCUGAUUUGAAUAAUCAGGUUUUGAAGGCCAAUCUAAAAAGGAAGAGUAGAGAAGACGACGAAAAAGAAAAUGCCCCGUUGAAUAAACCACCAGUACUUCCCGGUACAGCAGCCAAAAAUCAGCUUAGCAAAACUACGAUUGGAAAACCAAAACUUUCAGACCGACCGAUCAAAGAACUCCCUACUAGCAAAAAGGAUAUUCGGGAUAAACCUUCGCAUGCACAGAGAAAGCCACUGAGCGCCAAGAGCUCGAAUGAGGCUCUCAGUUCUCCGAAGAAGUCAGCACACGCUCAGGUUGAAGGCAAAAAGGCGAAAUCGAAAGCGGCGGAGAAAGGAGACGAGCCAGCUAAAAGUCACGUAAGGCUUUCGAAAGAACCAGCGCCAAUUGAAAUACCACCACCUAGUCUACCGGAAGCUGCCCUCCCUGUUGACAUUGAGCCCGAAAGUCUCUCAGCCGAACCGACCGUGACCGCCCCGGAUUCACCUGAGCUGUGUGCUAUAAGGGAAGAGAUGAAUGACACACCGCCCCCCGUUGAUAUCUCGUCGAGGGGAGAGACCACGCGAGCUAACCGGCGUGCUCGAGCGGCUGUCAGCUACGCCGAGCCAAAUCUUCGAGAUAAGAUGCGAAGGCCUAAUACGAAACAACUCUUUGAUGCAGUGACUAGUGAAAACAAGAAUGCUCGUCGGACUAGCCAAUGCCAAAGAGAUGAGCCACCUUCCGCUACCUCUUCGGUAGCCAAGUCCGGGGCCCGAUCAGGAUCCUCUCGCAAAGACUUCGCAUCACAAAAGAUUUCUCAUGAUGGUUGCGGGGACAUUGAUAUGAUGGCAAGCCCCCUAGCUCAAAAAACCACUCGUACAUCUACUCUUGAAGAGCUCCCAAGUACUGUCUCAACUCACAGGAAGAAGAAAGAUUCAGCAACAACAAAUCAAACCAACAGGGAUGAUGAAGCACCGGGCAGUCCAAUAUCAAAGGCUGCGAACCGCCGCCUCAAGGAAAUUGCGGCCCGGGAAGUUGAGGUUGCCAAAAUGUUUGACGAAACUGAUGUCUAUGAGUUCACUGAGUCGUCACCAAAUGAUAUCACGAAAGAAUCAGCGCCGGAAGAUAAGAGUAGAAAGGCAAAAGGUGGCCGCCAAUCACGAUCGCGAAGAUUAUCAUCCAUCGCCAGCGAUGAUUUGCGGUUCGACGGCAUUAACGUAAGCGAGAUGGCAACCGCCAAGAACACGAACUUUCGCAAACGAGCCUCCAUGGCCGCCAUCAGAUCCGCCAAGAGCGACCUCGAGUACCUCAGGGAUGAAAGUCCUUCCGUCGAGGGAGAUAGCGUGUCCACGGCGGACAGCGAGGGGACGAUAACCCGUGAGAAACCAACGAACAAUCGCAGGCGGACCGCCAUGAUGUGAUAUGAUAAUGGACAUGCGCACACGCACGCCUUGCUUUCUUAGCUUAACCGUCUUAUUAUUGCUUCUCAUUUUACCGCUGAGUUAACUGGUGUCUGGAAGCGGGAUGGGAAAACUGCCUCAUUGAAUAACGAACGCUAGAUUUACUUGUUUUUCCCACACGGCGUUAGAUAGUGAGCGAGCUGGAUAUGCUCCUUCAGUUUGUCUAAUGCUGUGGCCUCAUUCAUAGCGUUGGAGUACCGCGCGCUGUUUUAGUCUAUAGGAUAUUAUGAUACCAAGCCAGUUCCGAGAUUAUAAUGCAG